AUGAAUAACAUACAAUCUCUUGCAAGCUCUCCACCAGCAGCCGUAGACGACGAGAUGUCCUCUUCGAGCAGCCCGCUCGAUGGCGAAUCGAGCCGAGCCCGGUACUCGUUACCCGUGACGCUCUACGAACGAUACCAUGGCGAGGAUUCAGAACAAGAGGUCGAAGAAGAGCUACGAGAACGCGAGCUCAAUUACGGUUUCCGUGCGUCUCGUACUCGUCCAUUUCCCAGUAGUGCCUCGUCCCAGGCCUCUCAAUCACGGCGGCUCAGUCCAACGGCGAUCCUCAGCGAAGACCUGCAGACGGCAGCUCUAGUGGAACGUGCACAUCUCCAUGACCUAGAUGGUAGUCUUGAAGUCGAGGGCACUCCACAGGCUCAUACCAGAAUGGCCGUCCAAGCAUCUGGUGACCACGCGUUUGCGACAGAUCGUGUCGCCCGUCUCCCCACCGAGCUGUAUUCCCUCAUCGCUGCAGUCGCCCUAUCGGAACGUCCGAUUGCCAAGAUUCACACAUUUAGAAAGUCGCCAUGGCAGAUCAUUGUUGGCGCAACGCUGGCCAGUCGGGCUCUCCGAGCCGCCUUUAUGCACGCCUGGUUCAGGGUUUUGCGUAUUAGACAAGUCGGAGAUUUCAACUACAUAGAUCAGAAAAUGCCCUGGAUGUUCCCAUGGGUUCGGGAAAUACAUUGGCAUUACCGUUUCCCCAUCUCCUGCAACGAGACGCAUGUUCUACCUAAAUUCAUUCAUGCCGUUCUCAUAUCCUUCAAGACGUCGGACAACCGACUCGGAAAUGAGCACUAUAUGACAAUGGUUCACAAAGCCAUGCCAUAUCUUGGAACAAUCCCAAAUCUCACUCGACUUUCCCUCACCUGUCGGUCACUCUUUGAUGUUCAUUUCCUCACCUCUCUAGCCUCGAGCUGGCCAGCACUAGAGUGUCUGCGACUUGCUCGUCCACUCAAAGACGAUUCCGACAUGAAGGCUUACAUCCUAUAUCGCUACGAGUUUGAUUCUUAUCACGCUGUCAUCGAGCGUCUCGUCAGCUGUCUUCGACGUCUGAAAUAUCUGGCCUACAUUGCAAUCGAUCUUGCAUUUGCCGACUUUCGUCUUAUGCGCGCCACUCAUGUCCAUAAUGGGCUUGCUCCAGAGAUCCCUGCGGAUAUCAAGCUUCCUAGGAGCCUUCGACCACCAAGCCCGCUACUACACAUUGAUCCUGACGGGGACACGGUGAUGAAUGAUGGCGCCUCAGUGACGCCAUCUCUCACAAAUGGCAUUGCCGCUCUCAACGUCUCGGAGUCGGGCUCAGUCCCGGCCCCGUUGACUGCCGCCAACUUGGCUUUUGCGCUCUCUCCGACUGCGCACGACCAAACAUCGAACCCGCUCGAGUGUCCGCUCUGCUUGCGGACAUUCCGAACACACUCGUACUAUAUCGAGCAUCAAGUUGCACAAGGGUUGGGCCGCGGCAUUCCAUCCCUCGCGGCAGCCCGUUUCCGUGCGAGCUUCCCCGUCGCGGAUGCCGGAGAUGCCAAAGAGAACAAGUGGCUGAUCAAGCGAGCGCUAGAGGUGGAUCCAAUGACGGGAAUGAAGGAGGAAAAGGUCGUGGUAUGGGUUCCACGGUGGGAGUAA